AUGCAGGCCCGGGCCAUUGAUGGCGGUGAGCAAUACUUUUCGCGGGCCGUUGACUUCGGCUACAGCAAAACGGCCGAGGAAACGCUGGAAUUCUGGGACAAAGACAAAAUUCUUUCAGACGUAGUGUGGGUUAUCCGCAAGUUCAGGCCCGAUGUGAUUAUCACGCGCUUUCCAGCGGAUGCACGGGGAGGCCACGGCCAUCACACGGCCAGCGCGGUGCUGGCGCUUGAGGCUUUCGAUAUUGCCGGCAAAGAAACGGCCUAUCCUGAGCAGUUGGAAUACGUUCAGCCCUGGCAGCCCAAACGCAUUUUCUGGAACCACAGCACCUGGUGGAACCAAAAUUUAGACAGCAUUGCCCAGGCCAACCCCGAUUACACGGUAGUAGAAGUUGGCGAAUACAACCCGGUUUUAGGUUUUUCUACCAACGAGCUGGCCAGCUUUAGCCGCACCCAGCACAAAAGCCAGGGCUUUGGGGUUUCGGUUGACCGCGGUUCGGUGAAGGAAUACCUCCAGCUUUUAAAAGGCGAGAAACUGGACGGCCAUAUUUUUGACGGCAUUAAUACGGGCUGGGCACGCUAUGGCUGGCCCGAAGGCGAUGAGCUGAUGCAGCGGAUUUUGGAGAACUACGAUGUGAGCAAUCCCGCGGCCAGCAUACCGGCCCUGAUGAAAUUUUGGGAGGCCUCGCAGUUGCUGGCGCAAGAAGAUGUUCGGAGAGAUUUGAACCGACAGUUGCAAAACCUGAUGGCCCAAAUGCUGGGGCUGCACGUGGAGCUAACCGCCACCAAAGAAUACCUUACCCAGGGUGAAGAAGUGCAACUUAACCUCCGCGCCAUAAAACGGGCGGCUCCCGCGUUGGAGCUGAGCAAUAUUCGUCUCAACGCGGUAGACUUUCCCGUGAAAAAGGAUUUGCCGCAAAACCAGGAGGUGAACCACGAAGUAAAAGCCACCGUAUUCCAGGAAAACUCACAACCCUAUUGGCUGCAAUCUCCUUACCGGUACAUCUACCAGGUGGAUGACCAGGAGUUGAUUGGCCUGCCGGAAAACGACCCGGCCCUUACGGCACAGGUAUAUUUCCGGUUUAAGAAAGGCGAUGCGGCUUUUAUGCUGGAAGUUCCGGCUUUUGAGCCGGGCACGCUGCGGCUCGGGCUUGCUGCGCAGGGCUGGGAAGUGGAGCCGGCCCAAAGCGAACUGCACUUUUCAGAAGCCGGGCAGGAGCGCAGCCUCCAGGUCUCCAUUCGGCCGAAAGGCGAAAGCACCAAAACUGCCGUGUUGCAGGUGUUGCAAAGCACCGAUGUAAGCCAAAACGCGCCCGUGUACAGCAUAAAUGAAAUUGGCUACCAGCACAUUGACAAGCGCGUGGUAUUUGAACCGGCAAACCUUAAAUUGGUGAAAAUUCCACUCCGGAAAACAGGCCAAAGAGUGGGCUAUAUUCCUGGUGCGGGCGAUGAGGUAAUGGAGGCCCUGGAAUUGAUGGGCUACCAGGUGGAUUUGCUGGACGAAGCGGCCCUGAAAACGGCCGACCUCUCGAAAUACCAGGCCGUGGUGGCGGGCAUCAGGGCCUAUAAUACGCAGCCGUGGUUGCCGGCCAUGCGCCCCAAACUAAUGGCCUACGUUGAGCAGGGCGGCAAUUACAUAGUGCAGUACAACACGCGUUCGCGCGAUUUACUCACCAACGAGAUUGGCCCUUAUCCCUUUGAAAUAUCGCGGGAGCGCGUUACCGAAGAAGACGCAGCCCCCACUUUUUUGGAGCCGCAAAGCCCGGUUUUGAACUACCCCAAUAAAAUUACCGCCCAUGACUUUGACGGCUGGGUGCAGGAACGCGGCCUGUAUUUUGCCGGUGAAUGGGACGAGCGCUACCAUACGCCCAUUGGUUGGAACGAUACGGGAGAGCCCAUGCGCAAAGGGGGCUUGCUGUUGGCCAACCACGGAGAUGGCGCCUUUAUUUACACCGGAAUUUCAUUUUUCCGCGAAGUGCCCGCGGGCGUGGAAGGCGCUUUUCGUUUGUUGGCCAAUUUGAUUAGUUACGCUCAAAACGGUGAGAAUGAAUAA